GAUGUGAGAAACCUCUUCAAGCAAUGCAAUGUGUGAGUGAACUGUCUGAAUGAAUUAAACUGAAUCAUGAACAGUUUUAGACCUUUUUACAAACCAGUACAUGGUGUAUGGUAAUCUCCACAGUCAGACGAGGAUUUAACAGUAAUAUUUUACUGAGACACAUAGCGAUACUUCACUGGGGUUUGUGCCCCAGUAAAAAGGCUGCACUGUACCAUAGUAGCACUACAGCAAUUAAACAGUCCUUUGUUUAGGGCUCCCCCCUUGUGCAUUGACAAUAAAAUUGUCCUGUAUCAAUCUCGGUUUCAGUGUACAUCUGCUAACAAUGGAUGGUUCUCUGGUAAACUUUGGAAUACCACUGGCGUCACAAAUGGUGGUUUCUCCCAUUACUCAAAGCUCUGGUAACUUGAGCGUGAAGCCUCGGGACAAGCGGAAGACUCCUGCAUUUCUGUCCAACUUGGGCAAGGCUACCUUAAGAGGCAUCCGCAAGUGCCCUCAGUGUGGCGUUUACAAUGGCACUCGUGGCCUCAGCUGUAAGAACAAGGCCUGUGGAACCAUCUUCAGGGAUGGGGACCAUGGAACGGGACGUUUAAAGAAAGGGGCAUGUGAAGUGGUUCGAGUUGUGACAGACAGUGGAGGUGGCAGGGCUGGAGGGCCGCAAGUGUUCUCUGUGCGUCAGCGGGGACAUGGCUCUGAACAACGAGGCUUUGUGGAGUUAGUCCUCACGGAUACAGCUAUUACUACUGCAGAUGGAACCCUGUUGACCCGUGUCAACCUCGGUCGCUGUUACAUGCCCUCUUGCCAGCAGAACGAAAGGGAGUUGACAGUUGAAGGUGGCCAUCAGCAAGUGUCACAACCAUCCAAAAGUCCCUGUACCCAUGUGAAGCAAGCCAUGGAGUGUCAGACCCAAGCAACACCUCUGCCACUCAAGAGCUCUGUGCUGGAGGCCCUAGUGGCCACUUCCCAAGACAAGGAAGAGUUGUGGAGGCUGGCUACCGAGACACCGGGACCCCUGGUGCAGAGGGUCUCUAAAGGGACCCUAAUAGUGAAGUGCCAGCCAGGAGAAGCCCACCCUCUGGGACUGCUGCAUCUGACAGUGACCGUAUCUGGUGUUAAAGACAAGACUAUGAGUCUGGCUCCCUUUCACUGUGCAUGUUACGUACCUAAUACCAAGGGGGAUUUGGGGGUGAGAAGUGGGGGUCAGUCUAACAUCAACGAAGGAGAAAAUUCCCACCAGCAUGGUUUACCCAAGUGCUGCCUCCAUUUCUAUGCUUGCGUUUGUGCCUUUACAAGUGAUGAAAAGCUGACCUCUGAGUUUUCAGCUUUCCUCAACUACAACAUUAAUGGACUGCAGGAGAGGGCAGAUACAAUGCUCAGUAUACCUGAGACUCAGCAGCACAUUGAGCCUUCCAUUUCUCAUCGUUCCAAGAGACUCAAAUUUGUGGAGUCCUCUACUGCUUCCUUUGUGUCCUCCACGUUUCUUCUGGCUGUCAAAGAUACUUCUGCUCCCACCCUAAACCAGCGCAAGCCCACUCACAGAAAAAACUCCAGCUCUACUGGGCUUAGGAACCCAGGAAGUAGCCAGCCGGUGGAUGAGACACAUGUGUCACUGGGUUUCCAGCAGUGGUUGGCUAGUGUUACCGAGAGGAUCCAUCAGACGAUGCACUUUCAGUUUGAUGGAAAGCCUGAGCCGCUGGUGUUCCACAUCCCUCAGGCUUUCUUCAAUGCAUUACAGCAGCGUUUAUCAUUGGGCUCAAAGAAGAGACGACUACCCAACUACACCACCACAUUUGUGCGUAAUGACGCUUUGCCUCUGGGCUCUUUCUCUAAAUACACCUGGCACAUUACCAACUUGAUGCAUGUGAAACGCAUCUUUGAUACCCCAGAGUUAACUCUAGAACUCACUCAGAGUUUUGUGAAGAACAGUGACGGCUCCUAUUCACCGUACCGCUGUCGGGAAACACCUCCUGAUCCUGGAUCAGACACCUGCCACCAUUCACGCACCAAUAAGCCUCUGGCCAUCAGACCAAUUGAGCUACGUACCUUCCUCAGAGUGGGGACAUGUGCUGCUGAGCAGACAGAGCCUAUGCCCUUUGUGAUUGAAUGGAUCCCAGACAUCCUUCCGCACUCACAGGUGGGAGAACUGAGGAUCGGGUUUGAGUACGGCCAUCAGCUGGGCAGUAAACCGGAGCACUGCAAGAGUACUGCUGGGACAAAGAAAACUGAACAAGCAGAUGCCAUCCCACACCAGUGAAGACCCACUGUAGUAACACCUCAUGCAAUUCUCAUGCAAUUCGACAAUUACAGUUCUCCAUUGGUCAUGAUGUUCCCUUAUAAGGAAAAUCAAAAACAAUCCCACAUUCUAUUGCACUUUAGAUAAGAAUGAGAAACUUAUAAGGUGCUACUCAGGAAAAUGUUCAUUUUCAGAAAUGGUUGCAUGACAGCACCAGACAUACAAAUGUAAAAUAUUUAUAAUACAAGUGUACAAAAAAUAAUACAGUGUUACAUGUUUUGUGCUGUACAAUAAUAUCACAUAGUCAUUAUUUCACCAUUUCUUAUUUUCAGAAAUCAUGUGCAUUGAAACAUUUCUGUGUUUACAUGUAAAAGAUUGAGAGAACGCUGUAUUCA